AUGGAAUGGCUGGAAGAAGAGGCGAGCGAGUCCCCCGUCUGUGAGCUGCGCGACAACCGGACCGCGAGUGGACUCAGUUGCCUCCUCCAGUCGGUGUGUCAAGAGACUGCAAACGGGACACGGGUCGGGUGCCAGCAGAGGAAGCGGGCCGGCAUCGGCUGGCAAGGAGUGGCGGGGGCCGACGAAGGAGCCGCUCCGCAGGGCCAGAAGCGGACAGCCAGAUUUUGUAAAGGGACCCCGAGAGGCGGCAGCGCUGUGGCUUAUCAAGCUUACUUCGCCAAGAAGGGCACCCAGGUCCUGGUCGAAGAUCCCAAAUGUGAAAAUUUCAAACAACAGCCCACUGCCCUUCUCCUAGGCCCCUCAUUCCAUAAGAACCGCAUCACUCUUGUCUGCCUGGCCAGGGGCUUCACCAACCCAUGGCCUGUGGAUGUCCUCUGGAAGAAAGAUGGCGAGGCAGUGCCUCACUUAGCAGUUGCCACUGAUGAGGCCAAGAGUGACGGUGACUGCAGCUUCAGUGUUGUCAGUCGCCUGAGUGUGUCGGCUGCUGAGUGGCAAGGUGGCCACACAUACUCGUGCCAAGCAAGCCAACUUGAACAGAAGACCAAACCAGUCGAAAAGGAUGGGGCCAAGCUGAGCUCAGAGGAAGCACAACUGACAGACCCCUUCAAGCUGCAGCUCACCCUUCGCGAAGGGCAGCUCAUUUUCCUGCUCCUGGUUAUCAAGAGCUUUGCCUAUGGCACCGUGCUGACGAUUUACACAGUCUAUAGGGAAAAAACAGGUUCGUAAGGUGCUUAGAAAGGCUCUACAUCCCCUUGCCAGCAUUUCCCACCAGCAGCAACCGCAGCAUCUCUUCUCCACCCCCUCUCAAGCAGAGAAGUGUAUUAUUUGCUUAUAGCGGGAGGCUAUUCCCAGGGUGGAUCCAGGCACUCUGUUAAGAUGCUUCCAUUUUGUCCUUCUCAGUCAAUCUUGACAGUGACUUAAAGGCUCAGAGUAGUCUGCUGCUCUUGUCAAGCGCAUUUUAACCCACCCACCCCUAUUCUGAGUGGCAAUAAAAAUAUAAUUUUUCUUAUCA